UUUUGGUGCAUCAAAACCCUCGCUGUCAUGAACUGGUUCGUAGUCCUGUGUCCAUUUAUCUGCUUUAAGUAUAUCACUUUUACUAAUGGCGACAAUGUGGUCUCCAAGAUAACAGCUGGUGAAGUUCUGGCGAAGUUCAACCACGGCAUUAACAAUAUCAGUCUCUCCGAUCUCGCUCGAAAAACAUCUGGACUUUUGGCAGCGCGAUUUGAGAACUUUUUCGGUCCGAUGAGACCCGAAGUGUUCCAAACCAUGGAAAAAGCCACUCUACUGCAGAUCUCGGUGGCUUGUGGGAUCACCAACUCCCAGCUCAUAAGCAUGACCCUUCCCGACAUAUCUCGUAGUGUCUUUGGGUCCACGGUUGUACCUGCUCCGUGUUUAAUUCUUGUCCGAGAGAAAGGUGUCGCUAUCAGUGCUUUGGGCGUUUCUAGUCCUGGAGCGAAGACGGCACUGCUACUUCUUCUUGCAGCCACGGGACAAAAAUGGCGACAGGCCCGUUUGACAGAGAGUUUGGAACUUGCUGACUGGGAUAUUUUAGACAGUGUCACAGUAGACGAGUUCUCUCAGAUCGCUAAUAUGACAAAUCUGCUGAGUGGGUCUGUAAGUGACCUCAUAGCACAAAUCAAAAGCCGUAAUUUGGUUAUGGAAAAGAACAAUCAUGCAUUGAAAACAAGGCUGUUUUUGGAGAACUUCUUCAACUUAUCCUUAGAGAACGCCUUGACCAUAAAUGGAGGACGGCUUGAUGCCAUGACAUUACGUUCGGCCAGGUUGGUGGAGAUAUUUAUAAAUGCUACUGUUUCUUAUUUUGAGAUAACUCUAAGUGACAUCUAUUGUAAAUUAAACGUAUCUAUGAAGGAGCUAUUGACGAUGAAUGUAUACGAAAUUCAAGAGAUUCUUCCUCACCUGAUAAGCGCGUCUGUAGCGUUACAAGCUGCAAGACACAACAUAACCCAAGAUGAGGUUUAUGUCCUGAUGAACAUCUCACCGACUGAUGGUACUGUGUCUUUAUUGAAAAAAGGUCUUUACAAGUUAAAAGAUCACUUGAAGAAGAAAACGUCCAUUACGCAGCUAAAAGAAAUGACAGUCCUGGACAUGAUUCAAAUGGCAAGUGAGUCCUCUGAGGUUGAGAACUGGGAUGCAGUUUUAGGCUUUAGCCUGGAAGUGAAAUCUAUUUUGCGCGAGGUUAAGGUCAUUGACAUUCCUUUAUACAUCGAGAAAGCGAAACAAGUGAAUAGAGGAUACCAGCCGAUUUCAUACUGGAGCAUUCUGGGCUUUCAAGUGCCUCCACAGGAUGAUCCACAUGGACGUCAAUCAUUCUCAGGUGACCACAUGCUAGUCGGAAUAGUGAGAGCCUCAGCACUUGUCAUACUUGCAGUCUUCCUUGCCGUCGUCUACCGUCAGGUGUUUGUUAGCAAGGGAGAAAGCCACUCUUCAGCGAUCGUAUAAAAAACAGGGGUAAAAAGAAAGCGAAAAACAAGACAAGCAUUUAAAAACGGGCGGUACAAAAAGGAAAGCAUGGAAUAAAGAGGAAAAGAAAAAUAAUAAGGUACUUGUUAGCAAGAGAGAAGGCCACUCUUCAGCGAUCGUAUAAAAAUGCACGGGUAAAAAGAAAACGACAAACAAGACAAGCUUUUAAAAACGGGUGGUACAAAAAAGGAAAGCAUGGAA